AUGACACCAGAAGAAACUAUUGAAAACUUUAAGUUAUUAGGGCUAAGUGAACAAAAGGCGAAAGAAACUUUAAAAAAUGCCAACGUUACAAAGAGCCUGCUGGCUGUAUUAAAUGAGGUCGAUGUUAAAAAUAUACCCAACGGAUCGGGUUUACUACUUUACCAUCUGGCUACAAAAAUUAAGCCACAAAUCGCCGACAAAUUAUCAUUUGUAUGUAAAUACAUAGCAAAUGGAAAUUUGGAUUCCACACUGAGAGUAGAUGCAGCAUUAGAAUACCUUUUAGCAAAUGUGAAUGAUUCAAAGGUCAAUAUUGAUAAAUUUGUUGAAGCUUGUGGUAUCAAUGUUGUUAUAACUCCUGAACAAGUGGAACAGGCUGUCGAGAAACAUAUGGCGAAGUAUAAAGAGGAAUUAUUAGCUAAGAGGUACCAUUUCAACUCUGGUAUUAUCAUGCAAGCUGUGAGAUCUGAUCUCAAAUGGGCUGAUGGCAAGGCUAUUAAAAAUGAAGUUGACAUUCAGAUCCUGGAUUUGUUAGGUCCAAAAACAGAUGCUGAUUUGGCUCCAGUGCGUAAAGCUGAAAAAAAAUCUAAAGGCGACGGCAAUAAAAAGCCUAAAUUGGAGGAGAAACAAGGUUCAAAACCUGCCGAUGAGUUAUCAGCAUCAGGAGAUAUUGGUAGUGCAAUGUCAGUGCCGGAGUUAAUGAAGAAGUUACCUUUCCAUGCUCCGGGUGAAAACUUUAAAAGUGACGGUUAUGUUGUGACGCCAAACACAAAGAAGCUUCUAGAAGAACACCUCAAAGCUACAAAUGGCAAAGUAAGAACACGUUUUCCUCCCGAGCCAAACGGCAUUCUGCAUAUAGGACAUGCAAAAGCUAUUAAUAUAAACUUUGGCUAUGCCGCAGCCCAUGACGGUGUUUGCUUUUUGAGGUACGACGAUACCAACCCUGAAAAGGAAGAAGAAAAAUUCUUUGUAGGAAUAAAGGAUAUGGUGGAGUGGUUAGGAUACAAACCAUAUAAAAUUACUCAUUCAUCUGAUUACUUUGACCAGUUGUACGAGUGGGCUGUGAAAUUAAUAAAGAAGGAUUUAGCAUAUGUUUGCCAUCAAAAGUCUGAGGAAAUCAAGGGUUUUAAUCCACCACCAUCACCUUGGAGAAAUAGACCCGUUGAGGAAAGCUUACAAUUAUUUGAGGAUAUGAAAAAUGGUAAAAUUGAUGAAGGGGAAGCAACACUUAGAAUGAAAAUUACCCUAGAAGAGGGUAAACAGGACCCCGUGGCGUACAGGAUAAAAUUCAAACCACACCAUAGAACUGGCAAUAAAUGGUGUAUUUACCCCACAUAUGAUUACACACACUGUCUGUGUGAUAGCAUUGAGAAUAUCACCCAUUCGCUAUGCACCAAAGAGUUUCAAUCAAGGAGGUCUUCAUACUACUGGUUGUGUAAUGCUCUAGAUAUUUACUGCCCCGUACAAUGGGAGUAUGGAAGAUUGAAUGUUAACUACACAGUGGUCUCUAAAAGGAAGAUCGCUAAACUUAUAGAGCAGGGCAUUGUUAAUGACUGGGAUGAUCCUCGUUUGUUCACGCUAACAUCGCUUCGUCGUCGCGGCGCGCCUGCACAAGCUAUUAAUUCUUUUUGCGCUGGUCUUGGUGUAACCGGGGCUUCUGGUGCUUUAGACCCAAGUGUAUUAGACGCAGCUAUCAGAGACGUACUUAAUGUUACAGCACCUAGGGUCAUGGUAGUUCUGGAGCCGUUGAAAAUAACUAUCGUCAAUUUCCCAAGCGACAAACCAGUGACCAUAGAAGUACCAGAUUUCCCUACAGAGCCUGAGAGAGGUUCCCACACUGUUAUAUUGGAUCGUGUUCUUUAUAUAGAGGCAUCGGACUUCAAAGAGAAAGAGGAAAAAGGAUAUCGCCGUCUCACUCCCACACAAUCAGUCGGUCUUAGACACGCGGGAUAUGUUAUAACAGUAAAGAAUGUUAUAAAAGAUAGUACAGGCAAAGUCUCGGAAUUGGAGUGUACUUGUGAGACAAGUGAUGUCGCGAAGAAACCGAAAGCUUUCAUACACUGGGUGUCAAACCCCGUGCCUGUAGAAGUUCGGUUAUAUGAACUGCUAUUCGAACACAAGAAUCCUGAAGAUACAACUGAAGUCCCGGGAGGAUUUCUGUCAGAUUGUCGUAAAAACAGUUUGGAGGUUGUAAAGGCGUAUGCUGAUAGUUCCAUACGAGGGGCGAAGGUUUACGACAAGUUUCAGUUCGAGAGGAUAGGAUUCUUCUCCGUGGAUCCUGAUACAACAUCCAACGAGAUUGUCUUCAAUAGGACUGUCUCGCUCAAAGAAGAUGCUAAUAAAUGA